UGCCCGCUCAGACGGCAGGCUUUCCUCCCUUCUCAAACAGUCAGAAAGAACAUGUCGCCUCCCCAUCCCCUCGAUCAGCUCAGCGCCGCCGAGAUAACGGCCGUGGCAACAGCGAUCAAGGAGAGCGAUUAUGGCGGGAACCCGGAGGGCGCAGCCGCGCCUCGCUUCAACGCCAUCACGCUGGCCGAGCCUGCCAAAGCCGACCUCAUAGAAGCCUCCCUCGUGUGUCCCAGGAAGGCCCAGGUAAUAUUCAUGGUAUCGGAAUCCACGGCUGCGUACGAGGCGCUUGUGGAGAUCACGUCAGCGAUCGGCAGCGAUCCGCCUGUGGCUGCGGUAGUUUCUUGCAACCCGCUGGGCCAAGGCUUUCAGCCGCUGCUGUCGCCCGACGAUUGCGAUCUUGCGGAGAAGAUCGUGAAGCUUGACGCCGGGGUGGCAAAGCUGCUGGAGGAGCGAUACGGCAUAACGGACAUCGGUUUGCUCGCUUGCGAUCCUUGGAGCUAUCAUGUCACGGUCGGCGACCGCAGCACCCCACCCCUGGGUUGGCGCGACGACAGGCUUCCCGCGAGACUUGUCCAAACGUUCCUCUACAUGCGCGACGACGCCGACGACAACCACUACGCUCAUCCGCUUGAUAUGCUUCCGGUGGUGGAUCUCAACGCCCAAAAGGUGGUCCACGUCGACAAGCAGGUCGCCGCCCCCAAGGUGCCCAAGGACUCCGUCAACUACCAUCGCAACAGGGUCGCCAGCAACACGUACCUCCCGACGCAGUUCCGCUCUGAUCCGCCGCGCCCGCUGGAGAUCACCCAGCCCGAUGGCCCGUCGUUCUCAGUGGACGGGAGCUUGGUCUCGUGGCAGCGGUGGAUGCUGCGCAUCGGCUUUAACUACAGGGAAGGGCUAGUGCUUCAUGACGUCAAGUUCGACGGCCGUCCGGUGAUGUGGCGCGGCAGCCUCGUCGAGAUGGCGGUCCCAUACGGGGACCCCAAAGAGCCGUUCACGAGGAAGUGCGCCUUCGACGUCGGGGACUACGGUCUUGGGUUCUGCACGAACUCACUCGAGCUGGGUUGCGACUGCCUCGGCCACAUCCACUACUUCGACGCGACGCUGAAUGACAGCCGUGGGCAGCCGUACGAAGUCAAGAAGGCAGUGUGCAUGCACGAGGAGGACGCGGGACUCCUGUGGAAGCACGUUGAGUACAGGAACGGGCACAACGAGAGCCGCCGGUCGAGGAGGCUGGUCCUGUCAUUCAUCGCGACUGUUGUCAACUACGACCAGUCAGUCCGUUCAGCCCGCCCUCUACCUACCCAGCCCCCCUCGAUGAUGCUGCAUCGCCCCCCGCGCGUCGUGUCCUUAUCAUUCACUGCUGCCCUACUGUCGUGCGUUCCGCGCACCAAAAGGUAUCUGUUCUACUGGUACCUGAUGCAAGAUGGCCGCAUCGAGUUCGAGAUAAAGCUAUCGGGCGAGCUUUCGACGAACCUUCUCUCGGAAGGCGAGUCGACCCCGCAGCAUGGCGUCAUCGUGGCUCCUGGGGUCAACGCUCAGCUCCACCAGGCAUGGAUGACUCCGCACAUGUUCUGCGCACGCCUUGACAUGUCCGUGGACGGCCAGAAGAACACCGUCAAGGAGGCGGACGUGGUCCGUGUGCCCUGUGGCGAGGACAAUCCCGCAAGCAACGCCUUCCGUGCCCAGUACACCCCCCUCGUCACGGAGAAGCAGGCCCAGCGGGAGGCGAACCCGCGAGCCGCCCGGUCCUGGUUGAUCCAGAACCCUUCCUCGAUCAACCCGAUCAACGGGAAGCCCGUGGCGUACAAGCUCGUGCCUCAGACAUUCGGCCCGACGCACCCGUUGCUCAUGACGGGAGAGGACAGCGCGGUCACCGCCCGGGGAGAGUUCGCGACCAAGGCUCUCUGGGUUACGCCGCACCGGGAUGAUGAGCGGUGGCCAGCCGGCGAUUUCACAGUGCAGAGCACCGGCGGGGAGGGGCUCCCCGCCUGGACGAAGCACGACAGGAACGUCGAGGACGAGGACGUGGUCUUGUGGCACUCUUUCGGACUCCUUCAUGUGCCCCGGGUAGAGGAUUUCCCCGUCAUGCCGUGCGAGUCGACGGGCUUCACCCUCAAGCCCGACGGGUUCUUCUCGGGCAACCCGACGAUUGAUCUUCCGCCGAGCGCAGGCGGGGACGGCAAGAGCAAGUGCUGCUCGCACUGAUUUCGGUGUGCUGCUUACCAGGACGCGAGC